AAGUAAUCAGUCCGGGUGAGGCUGAGAGGGCUCGGCGGCCUUUACGCGGACCGGAUUGGAAGCGGCAGUUCCCUUUAGCCUGUCUUUGGGCCUGCCACAGUUAAAUGACCGCAAGAAAGAAGUCUAUGCUAAGCCCGAGAAUGAACGUUUCAAGCAAGAAGGAUGAGAAUUUCAGAUCUGGAAGUGUCCUCGCCACAGGCUCUUGACUGGGGAAGUUCUAGAGACUUUGAAGGUGGUUUAUCUUAUUUGUGUGGAUUUACAGGAGAAUUUUGACAGUGCACAUAUCUCAUUGCCGAGAGUAACAGCUACAGGAUGUUCAAGAGCUGUUCUGGCUUUUCUGGAUUCUGUGCUUCGUCAGUAGAGGAAUCCCAUGGAGCAUUAAUUAAUUCUUGGAAUUCCAGAACCAUGACUGAUGGGUUGGUGACGUUCAGGGAUGUGGCCAUCGACUUCUCUCCGGAGGAGUGGGAAUGCCUGGACCCUGCUCAGAGGGACUUGUACGUGGAUGUGAUGUUGGAGAACUAUAGUAACUUGGUGUCACUGGAUUUGGAGUCAACAACAUGUGACACCAAAAAAAUAUUUUCAGAAAAGGAUAUUUUUGAAAUAAAUUUUUCUCAAUGGGAGAUGAAGGAAAAAAGUAAAAUCCCUGGCCUUGAGGCAUACAUUUUCAGAAAUAAUUGGAAGUGCAAAAGCAUAUUUGAGGGAUUAAAAGGACAUCAAGAGGGAUACUUCAGUCAAAUGAUAAUCAGCUGUGAAAAAUUACCCUCUUACAGAAAAAGUGAAUCUCUUACACCACAUCAAAUAAUUCGUAAUACAGAGAAGCCCUAUGUUUGUAAGGAAUGUGGGAAGGCUUGCAGUCAUGGCUCAAAACUUGUUCAACAUGAGAGAACUCAUACAGCUGAAAAACAUUUUGAGUGUAAAGAAUGUGGGAAGAACUAUUUAAGUGCCUAUCAACUCAAUGUGCAUCAGAGGUUUCAUACUGGCGAGAAACCCUAUGAGUGUAAGGAAUGUGGGAAGACCUUUAGUUGGGGAUCAAGCCUUGUUAAACACGAGAGAAUCCAUACCGGUGAGAAACCGUAUGAAUGUAAAGAAUGUGGAAAGGCCUUUAGUCGUGGCUAUCACCUUACUCAACAUCAGAAAAUUCAUAUUGGUGUGAAAUCUUACAAAUGUAAGGAAUGUGGGAAGGCCUUUUUUUGGGGCUCAAGCCUUGCUAAACAUGAGAUAAUUCAUACAGGCGAGAAACCUUAUAAAUGUAAAGAAUGUGGGAAAGCCUUCAGUCGUGGCUAUCAACUUACUCAGCAUCAGAAAAUCCAUACUGGUAGGAAACCUUAUGAAUGUAAAAUAUGUGGAAAGGCUUUUUGUUGGGGCUAUCAACUUACUCGGCAUCAGAUAUUUCAUACUGGUGAGAAACCCUAUGAAUGUAAGGAAUGUGGGAAGGCCUUUAAUUGCGGAUCAAGUCUUAUUCAACAUGAAAGAAUUCAUACUGGUGAGAAACCUUAUGAAUGUAAAGAAUGUGGAAAGGCCUUUAGUCGUGGCUAUCACCUUUCUCAACAUCAGAAAAUCCAUACUGGUGAGAAACCUUUUGAAUGUAAGGAAUGUGGGAAGGCCUUUAGUUGGGGUUCAAGUCUUGUUAAACAUGAGAGAGUUCAUACUGGUGAGAAAUCCCAUGAAUGUAAAGAAUGUGGAAAGACCUUUUGUAGUGGGUAUCAACUUACUCGACAUCAGAUAUUUCAUACUGGUGAGAAACCCUAUCAAUGUAAGGAAUGUGGGAAGGCUUUUAAUUGUGGAUCAAGCCUUGUUCAGCAUGAGAGAAUCCAUACAGGGGAGAAACCUUAUGAAUGUAAAGAAUGUGGGAAGGCUUUUAGUCGUGGCUAUCACCUUACUCAACAUCAGAAAAUUCAUACUGGUGAAAAACCUUUUAAAUGUAAGGAAUGUGGGAAGGCCUUCAGUUGGGGUUCAAGCCUAGUUAAGCAUGAGAGAGUCCAUACUAAUGAGAAGUCUUAUGAAUGUAAAGACUGUGGGAAGGCCUUUGGUAGUGGCUAUCAACUUAGUGUUCAUCAGAGAUUUCAUACUGGUGAGAAGCUUUAUCAAUGUAAGGAAUACAGGAAGACCUUUACUCAUGGCUCAAAACUUGUUCAUAAGAGAACUCAUAGUAACGAUAAACCCUACAAAUAUAAAGAAUGUGGGGAAGCCUUUCUGUGGACAACUUACUCAAAUGAGAAAAUUGAUACCGAUGAAACCUUAUGAUUGAAAGCUAUAAAAGAACCUUUUUGUGUGUGUGUACAAACAACAUAAGGAGAACUCUUACUCUUGAGAAACCCUGUGAAUGUAAGGGGUGUGCAAAAGCCAUUCAUUUCUGUUUAUGGACAAUUAUCUUGCUAUCCAGAAAUUCAUACUAGUGAGAAAUAUUUUGAAUAUUAGUAAUAUGAAAAGGCUUUAGACUUCUGUAAGUCUUAUUGGACAUCAAUUUAUACUGAUGUAAAAUCAUUUAAAU